CGCCUGGCUAACACCAAAGCCCACACAUCCCGGUUUGUCACAGCCAAUCUCCCUUGCAACAAAUUCAAGAACCGACUGGUGAACAUCAUGCCCUAUGAAACCACUCGCGUGUGCCUCCAGCCAAUCAGAGGUCUGGAAGGCUCCGACUACAUCAACUCCAGCUACAUUGAUGGAUACAGGCAACAGAGAGGAUAUAUUGCUACCCAGGGUCCACUGGCAGAGACUACGGAGGACUUCUGGAGGAUGCUCUGGGAACACAACUCCACCAUCGUGGUCAUGCUGACGAAGCUGAGAGAAAUGGGGCGGGAGAAGUGUCACCAGUACUGGCCCGCCGAGCGCUCCGCCAGGUAUCAGUACUUUGUAGUGGACCCGAUGGCCGAGUACAACAUGCCUCAGUACAUCCUCCGGGAGUUCAAAGUUACAGAUGCCAGGGAUGGCCAGUCGAGAACAGUGCGCCAGUUCCAGUUCACUGACUGGCCGGAGCAAGGCGUGCCCAAAUCCGGGGAAGGCUUCAUCGACUUCAUCGGCCAAGUGCACAAAACCAAGGAGCAGUUCGGCCAGGACGGACCAAUCACUGUUCACUGCAGUGCUGGAGUUGGGCGGACAGGUGUCUUCAUCACUCUGAGUAUUGUCCUGGAGAGGAUGCGUUACGAAGGAGCAGUGGACAUCUUCCAAACAGUCAAAAUGCUGCGCACACAGAGACCAGCCAUGGUGCAGACUGAG